CUUACCUCGGUGUCACAUGUGACAGAAAAAGCAUGUUGAAGUUCUCAAUGUGCGUAGAAGUGUUAUUGUAAAGGAUUGAAAGAACAACCUAAAUAACCUCGACUACCUUUAAUUUGUCCUUAGGUACCUCAGGCUUGCUAUGGGGUUGACUAAGCAGUACCUGCGCUAUGUGGCGAGCGCUGUGUUCGGAGUGAUCGGCAGUCAGAAGUCCAACAUCGCUUUUGUAACCCUUCGGUGUGGUGAGAAGGGUCGAUAUGUUGCUGUUGGUGCCUGCGAGCAUGUGUUUAUAUGGGAUGUGCGCAAAGCUGAGAAGGUUCUUAUUCUGGAAGGUAAAAAGCAUGAGGUGACAUACCUGUGCCCGUCUCCGGAUGGUGUCCACAUAGCAGUGGGGUAUGAAGAUGGAGGCGUGCGGAUCUUUAGUCUGCUUAAUGGGGAAAGCAACAUCUCCUUUAAUGGACACAAAUCAGCUGUUUCCGUCAUUAAAUAUGAUGCGCUGGGUGCUCGACUUGUCACUGGCUCUAGGGACACAGACGUGAUUGUGUGGGAUAUCAUCAAUGAAUCCGGUUUGUAUAGACUCAAAGGGCACAAAGAUGCUAUCACGCAAGUUUUGUUCUUGGAAAACAAAAAUCUUUUGAUUACAAGCUCCAAGGACACUUUUGUAAAAUGGUGGGACUUGGGCACACAACACUGUUUUAAGACCAUGGUGGGACAUCGCAGCGAGGUUUGGGGAAUGGUUGUUUUAAACCAAGAGAACAGGUUGCUCACAGGGUCUGCUGACAGUGAGCUCAGAGCAUGGGAUAUUGAGUACAUUGAGGAGGGCAAGGCGGCAGGGGAACCCCAUGAAAAGAAAGUCAAAAGUCUUCUUGAAGAUGAAGAAGAGGAAGAAGAAGGUCCUGAUGAAGAUUCAGAAGAGCGUAUAGUCAGCUGUGAAAAAGCUGGUUCUGUUCUCAGGGAAUCCAGAGACAGGAUUGUUUCCUUGGUUACAGAUGCCAAAGCUAAAGUGCUGGCGUGCCAUGGCCUAGAAGCUACACUUGAAGUCUUUACUGUGUUCUCCGAAGAGGAGAUCCAGAAAAAGAUGGACAAAAAACUAAAGAAAGCCAAGAAGAAAGCCAGGUCUCAGGAAGGAGGAGAGAAUGAACCUGAGCCGGUAGUGGAGCGAAAGCUGACCGAUGAGAUCCAGAAACUGGCAAACAUAAAAGCUUCCUCCAAAAUCAGGUCAAUGGAUUGCCUUCUUUCUCCUAAUGGAGAGAUGAAGAUUGCUCUCUUAUUGCAAAAUAACACAGUUGAGACCUUCACUAUCAAGACCACAGAGAAGAAUCCAACUGGCACUAAGACCUCUAGGCUCACGCUGAGCGGUCAUCGCACAGAUGUAAGAACGCUGGCUUUUAGCUCAGAUAACAUAGCUAUCCUUUCUGCCUCUGGAGAAACUGUCAAGGUGUGGAACAGGUCCACCUUGCAGGUCAUCCGCACCAUUGGAUGUGAAUAUGCUCUCUGCUCAUUAUUUGUUCCUGGAGACAGACAGAUCAUCUUAGGAACAAAGAGUGGCAAGAUUCAGAUCUUUGACCUGGCCUCAGCCAGCCUUCUCGAGACAACUGAUGCCCAUGAAGGAGCUCUCUGGUCCAUGUGUCUGUCUCCAGAUCAGCGGGGGAUUGUAACCGGGGGUGCUGACAAGACCGUGAAAUUCUGGGACUUUGAGCUCAUAAAGGAUCAAGAUUCUGGGAAUAACAAGAGAUUGACGUUGAACCACAUGCGUACCCUGCAGUUAGAUGAGGAUGUGCUGUGUGUGCGCUAUAGCCCUGACCAGAGACUGCUGGCUGUGUCUCUACUCGACUGUACGGUCAAAAUAUUUUACACGGACACUCUAAAGUUUUUCCUUUCACUAUAUGGGCACAAACUGCCAGUUCUGUGCCUGGACAUUUCACAUGAUAGCACUUUAAUAGCCACAGGCUCAGCAGACAGAAACGUGAAGAUCUGGGGUUUGGAUUUCGGAGACUGUCAUCGCUCUAUGUUUGCACAUGACGACAGUGUCAUGUUUCUUCAGUUUGUACCCAAAACCCAUCUGUUUUUCACUGCGGGGAAGGACAGAAAGAUCAAGCAGUGGGACGCCGACAAAUUUGAGCACAUCCAGACGUUGGAGGGUCAUCAUCGUGAGGUAUGGUGCCUGGCCAUCAGCCCCAGUGGAGACUACAUUGUCACCUCAUCUCAUGAUAAGUCCCUCAGACUGUGGGACAGAACGAGGGAGCCCAUCAUUCUGGAGGAAGAGCGGGAGAUGGAGAGAGAAGCAGAAUUCGAGGAGUCACUGGCUAAAGGUGAUGAACCUGUGGUCCCUGGAGAAACCAAAGGAGAGGCAGAGCAUGCUGGGAAGAAGAGCGUUGAGACAGUCAAAGCUGCGGAGCGGAUAAUGGAGUCAAUAGAGCUUUAUAGAGAGGAAAGUAAACGACUGGAGGAGCACAGACUCGCUUGUGAGGCUGCAGGGAAGAAGUUACCACCUCCAAGGAUCAACCCCAUACUGAUGGCUUUUGGAAAUAUCUCGCCUUCUCGAUAUGUUCUGGAAGUGAUAAAGAAGGUCCGGUCCAGUGAGCUGGAAGUGUCUCUACUGGUGCUGCCGUUUCAUUACGUUCCAGAUCUGUUGCAGCUCUUCAAUAGCUACGUGCAGCAGGGCCUGGAGGUGGAGCUGGUGUGCCGGUGUCUUUUCUUUCUACUCAGAGUGCACUUUGGUCAGAUCACCAGUAAUCAGAUGCUGCUGACUGCCAUUGAUGAGCUAAGAAUAAACACAAUCUCCAAAGUGCGAGAGAUCAAGGACGUUCUGGGCUUUAACAGCGCCGGCCUUCAGUUCCUACAGCGGGAGAUCGAGAGCAAAGAGGACGUGAUGUUCUUUGCUGAUGCCACAGGCCGUUUCGAGGAGAAGAAAAGGAAGAGAAAGAAACGCGAAAGAGCUGUUCUAACCCUCACAUAAAACCUGCAGGUCGCAAUGACAUAAUAAAAAGGUUUUUGAAAGUUUGUUUGUAAUUUGUACCUGUGUGAAGUCUAUAAAGGCGAAUUUAAAGACUGA